CCCACAUGCGCGGUCGUCCCUGGAGCGCGAGCUCCAGGCUUCCGCAACAAUUCUUGUAACUUUGCCCCCGUCUUCCUUUCCCCUCACCCCUACUUUUUGCAUAAGGGGAAAAAGUUGUGUCGAAACUGUCCACCGAUUGCCACCUCCCCAUUAUCCUUCCUCCCCUCCCCACUUUUUUUUUUUAAGCGGCAACAUUGUUUAGUGUUUAUUUUGUUUUGCGAUCGAUAGCUUCCUUUGCUUUGUUGGGGCGGCUGCAGAGCGGCGGAGCGGCGUGGACCUCAUGUAGAAAUGACAACAAUGGAAGGGGCCAGCGGGUCGAGUUUCGGAAUAGACACGAUUCUGUCCAGUGCCAGCUCGGGCAGCCCCGGCAUGAUGAACGGAGAUUUCCGCCCGCUCGGCGAGGCGAGGACCGCGGAUUUUAGGAGUCAGGCCACUCCGUCCCCCUGUUCAGAGAUUGAUACGGUCGGAACGGCGCCUUCCUCUCCCAUCUCGGUCACCAUGGAGCCUCCGGAGCCGCAUCUGGUAGCCGACGGGCCCCAGCAUCACCACCACCUGCCGCCGCAGCCUCCCGCCCAGCAUCCGGGCUCGGCCGCCUCAGCCCCCAGGACUUCCACCUCCUCCUUCUUAAUUAAGGACAUCCUGGGCGACAGCAAACCUCUGGCGGCCUGCGCGCCCUACAGCACCAGCGUCUCCUCGCCCCACCACACCCCGAAGCCGGAGAGCAACGCGGCGCACGAGAGCUUCAGGCCCAAGCUGGAGCAGGAGGACAGCAAAAGCAAGCUGGACAAGCGGGAGGAUUCCCAGGGCGACCUCAAAUGCCACGGAACAAAGGAGGAAGGAGACCGGGAGAUUACGAGUAGCCGAGAGAGUCCCCCUGUGAGAGCCAAAAAGCCUCGCAAAGCCAGGACGGCUUUUUCUGACCACCAACUCAACCAACUGGAGCGUAGCUUUGAGCGGCAGAAGUACCUGAGCGUGCAGGACCGCAUGGACCUGGCAGCUUCGCUCAACCUCACUGACACCCAGGUCAAGACCUGGUACCAGAACCGCAGGACCAAGUGGAAGCGGCAGACGGCGGUGGGCCUGGAGCUGCUGGCCGAGGCGGGGAACUACUCGGCGCUGCAGAGGAUGUUCCCGUCGCCCUACUUCUACCACCCGAGCCUGCUGCACAAUUUUGCAGCCAGAUUUAUCAAGUUCUUUGUGUCUUUCUCCAUCAACACUUUAGCUGAUCAUAUUCAGCUCAAUGAGGGCAGUUUUGGCUUCAUCUUCUAUUAA